AUGAGAGUCUCCAAUGCCGCCAUUUCCCGUUCCAUCUUUGGCUCGACUUUCCUCGUGUCCUUCUCCCUGGUUCUCGCUAACUCUCUAGUACCUUGUCCAGCAGACAGACAGUUUGCUAAUGACUCCAAGAUCCCAAAACACCUCAGAGAAGACGACGUCCAUCUGCUGCAACAACAACAACAGCAACAGUUACACGAGACAAAAUAA